GCGAGGAGCUCCAUCCCGCCUCCAGUUGGGAUGGGAAUGGGAUGCUGCGUGUUGUCCCUCUCUGACUGGGAGGGAAGAAGGGGCGUUCAACUUGAAGCCCAUCUUUCCUCCUCCAGAGCUAGAGGCUUCAUCAUCAUCUUCCUCAGAGAGAAGGAGAGAGAGAGAACUGGGCUUGGCUUAGUCCCCUCCGCAUCGCCUCAGGAGGAGAGACACAGAGACGACGGAGCUCCCGCCACCUUUCAUUGCGCACAAGGGAGAGAGGCUGCACACAGACACAAACACACACCACACACAGACACGGACACACACUGCUGCCUAAGACGAAGCCUCUCACAGCAAAGCGAGGCAGCAGAAGAGCUGCAAGGGGGGAGAGAGAGAGAGAGACAGCAGCAGCCUCACAACAGUCAUUUUAAGAUAACAUCAGUUCCAGGGACUGUAAGAUAUCAGCAUCAUCCCAUCAUUAGAGGAGACUGAUUUUUCCUCUUUCUGAAUAUCUUAUUUGUUGACAAUCGACACUGGAAGAUUGCUUGGGGGUAUUUUAGUUACCACCUAUUGAAGCAACAGGACUGUCUGGUAUGUAAAACUGCAGUGCAGUCAUUAUGAUGAACCAGGAGAAGUGGGCUAACCUCAGUCCUUCAGAAUUUUCUCAGCUUCAGAAGUAUGCAGAAUAUUCUACAAAGAAAAUUAAGGAUGUUUUGGAAGAAUUCCAUGGCAAUGGUGUGCUAGCCAAGUACAAUCCUGAAGGGAAGCAAGAUAUUCUUAAACAAACAAUUGACUUAGAAGGUUUCAAGUUAUUUAUGAAGACUUUCCUGGAGGCUGAUCUACCAGAAGAGUUUUGUGAACAUCUCUUUAUGUCCUUUGGCAGCAAGGCUCCUCAUAGUAGUCCUGUUGUAAAGACUAAGCCUCAGCUUCUUCCAGGAGGUUUGCGAAUUACUAAAAGUGUUACAUCCCGACCUACAACUCCUUCGACUUUGCACAUACCAGAUGUAAUCCAAUUGAAAGAUAUUGUUUGUUAUCUUUCCCUUCUUGAAAGAGGAAGACCUGAAGAUAAACUAGAAUUUAUGUUUCGCUUGUAUGACACCGAUGGGAAUGGUUUCCUGGACAGCUCGGAACUGGAAAACAUCAUCACUCAAAUGAUGCAUGUUGCAGAAUAUCUUGAAUGGGAUAUCACUGAACUCAAUCCUAUUCUUCAUGAAAUGAUGGAAGAAAUUGACUAUGAUCAUGAUGGCACUGUUUCCUUGGAGGAAUGGAUCCAGGGGGGAAUGACUACUAUCCCACUCUUAGUGCUGCUUGGAUUGGAAAGUAAUGUGAAGGAUGAUGGACAGCAUGUAUGGAGACUGAAACACUUCAACAAACCUGCCUACUGUAAUCUUUGCCUGAACAUGCUAAUAGGAGUAGGGAAGCAGGGUCUCUCUUGUUCAUUCUGUAAGUAUACAGUUCAUGAACGCUGUGUUUCAAGAGCACCAGCUUCAUGUAUCAAAACCUAUGUGAAAUCGAAAAAGAACGCUGAGGUUCUACAUCACUUCUGGGUAGAAGGAAAUUGUACAACAAAAUGUGAUAAGUGUCACAAAACUAUAAAAUGCUACCAAGGGUUGACUGGGUUACACUGUGUCUGGUGUCAAAUCACGCUGCAUAACAAAUGUGCUUCACACCUAAAACCUGAAUGUGAUUGUGGCUCUCUUAAGGAUCAUGUUCUACCACCCACCUCAAUUUGCCCAGCAGUUUUGCAAAUUCUACCCCCUUUAGGAGUCUCGCUUCCUGAGGAACGGCAAACAACUAUGAAAAAAGAGAGAAGUAGUUCUCAGCAGUCAGAUAACCUAGGUGAUCGGAACAAGAUGCAGAGAGCAAAUUCAGUUACUGUGGAUGGACAAGGCCUUCAGAUUGCACCUAUUCCAGGUACUCAUCCCCUUCUAGUUUUUGUCAACCCUAAAAGUGGUGGAAAACAGGGAGAAAGAAUUUAUAGAAGGUUUCAAUAUCUUUUGAAUCCUCGUCAGGUUUAUGACCUUGCUGCGAAUGGACCAAUGCCAGGAUUAAAUUUUUUUCGAGAUGUUCCAGAUUUUCGAGUAUUGGCAUGUGGUGGCGAUGGGACUGUGGGUUGGAUUUUGGAUUGCAUAGAGAAAGCAAAUUUGAUGAAGCAUCCUCCUGUUGCAAUUCUCCCGCUUGGAACUGGGAAUGACUUAGCCAGGUGUCUGAGAUGGGGAGGAGGAUAUGAAGGUGAAAGUCUUCUGAAAAUCUUAAAAGAUAUUGAAAACAGCUCAGAAAUAUUGCUGGACAGGUGGAAAUUUGAAGUCAUACCUAAUGAUAAAGAUGAAAAAGGAGAUCCAGUGCCUUACAGCAUCAUCAAUAAUUACUUUUCUAUUGGAGUGGAUGCUUCAAUUGCUCACAGAUUUCAUAUCAUGCGAGAAAAACAUCCAGAGAAGUUCAACAGCAGAAUGAAGAAUAAAUUUUGGUACUUCGAAUUUGGCACUUCUGAAACUUUCUCAGCAACCUGCAAGAAGCUGCAUGAAUCUAUAGAGAUAGAAUGUGAUGGAAUUCAGAUAGACUUGAUCAAUAUUUCUCUGGAAGGGAUUGCCAUUUUGAACAUUCCAAGUAUGCAUGGCGGAUCAAAUCUUUGGGGUGAGACCAAGAAAAGACGAAGUCAUCGUCGAUAUGAAAAAAACAAGUCUGAUAAAAGAACCACCAUUACAGAUGCUAAGGAACUGAAGUUUGCAUGUCAAGGUCUCAGUGAUCAGCUGGUAGAAGUGGUUGGUCUGGAGGGUGCUAUGGAGAUGGGCCAAAUAUACACUGGGCUGAAAAGUGCUGGAAGACGUCUUGCUCAGUGUACAUCUGUCAUUAUCAGGACCAGCAAGCCUCUGCCUAUGCAAAUUGAUGGGGAGCCAUGGAUGCAAACACCUUGCACAAUAAAAAUUACCCACAAGAACCAAGCUCCAAUUCUGAUGGGACCGCCACCCAAAACUGGCCUCUUCUCUUCCAUCAUUAACAGAACAAGGAACUGCAGCAAAGAAUAAGCUUCUUUGGUUAAAUCCUUACAAAAUCAAAUUAGCAGGGAUUUGGAAUAUGUAUGCUGAAAACCUUUCAGGGGGCUUUAAAAUGUUCUCUGCUGCAUAAUCAUGGAAUCUGAAAGAACAGUUUCUGUGACUGAGCUAAUGUAAAAUGAUGUUAUUAGAAUAAUUUAUUGCCACAGUUUUGUAGGCAUUUUGCAUGAAGAAAGCUAAUGUUUACAUAAAGUGAUAAAGCAUAUUUUUGUUGCAUGCAUUACCAUUACUAAUUUACAGAAUAAAUAUAUGCUGUGAAAUAGGGGGAAAUGCAGUGCUGCAGAGGAUAUUAUUUUCUUUAGAUGUGAUCCCCAACAUGUUUGCACCAGAUUGGUCUUUCUGGUCACAUAUUUAACUCAUUGAGUGUCUUCUGAAGAAAGCACCAUGAGGUUUAUGGCAGCUUUGGUUUGAUACCCCUUUUGCAUAAUGCUGAUGAAUGAAUCACACUUUCUCCUAGCGUUGUCCAGUUGUUCUUUUCAAACUAACCUGUUCAGAUCAUGGGGGAUCCUUGCAUUGCAAAUUUGAAAUGCAAAAGAUUAAUUUAUUUUGUUCUGCUAGGCCUCACUGAGAAGAAAAGUUAAAAAUAAAGGACAUCCCAUCACUGGGGGCAGGAAUGAAAAUUACUUCCAAAUAAGCAUAUCUAAUAAAAAACAGUCUAAGAAGAUUGUCACACAUGACUUUUAAAUCAUGAUUUCAAUGGAAAGGAUGUGGCUUUGGUGAUAUGAUCACAUGAUGCCACAUCCCACCCAUAGCUGCCCUGUCCCCCACUCAUCCUAUUUCAUUGAUAGAGGAAAUCCGUGAAUGACUUGGCAAUCAUGCAGUGCCCCAGGUGAAAAAAGGAAUUGAGUGUCCAAGAGUGAGUCUGCUCCACUAAUAAUGACACCAACACAGAAAUUGGAGAAAAAUGGUCACAACUAUUUAUUGAUUGCAACUGCAUACAGUUGGUGCAAGCAUGGGAUCGGAGGCAGGUACUGGGCAGCCUGCCUGAUGAGACCAAAUAUCUGGCCUCCACUGGAUAAUGGAAGUGGAGCAAUAGACAUCCUCCCAGGCAAGAACACCUGCUUCCUCUUGAGUGGGGUUGUUGGAAAUGUGCCGGCCCCCGCCUGGGCUGUCCAAUUUUUGCCGUAGCCUCACUCCAGGUUCCAUAAGGGGACCCCUCCCCAUACAUACCUUUUCCAGGGUAAUGACCACCUUCCUGGAUCCCAAUCCAAUGCUCCGCUCUGAUAGCUGUGACAAAAAGAAAGGUGACAUAAACCAACAAACCAAGAAGGAUGGGUGGGUUGGUGCAUGGGAGGAAUGUGUCACAUUCACAUUUCAGUAUUUUUAAAUACUUCUGUCAAAAAAAUUACUAAGGCUUCAAGGAAAUACAUUCCUGCAUUCUGGAUAAUUUUUGAUCACUUUAGCAGUAGCUAAAUGUCUGCUGAAAGAAUGGAAUUAAAAUUGGCACCUUCUUUAUUUCAUAUAUUUAUUUCAUAGUUCACAGCUGUCCAUCAAAUAAAGAUUGUUGGGUUGCCCAAUCAGAUGGGGUGUGAUAUUUGCACAGGCCUCGGUACUUGUAACUUGUAUCUAUGUUACAGAAUGUUCUUGUAAGAAUUAGCAACAAUUUAGUUUUCUCUUAGUGUUUUGCUUCCAUGUGCACAUGAGGGUUUCUGCAUGUACAGUGGAGACAUUGAAUCUGAAAGAUUCAAUGUUACAUAUUUAUGACUCUCAUGUGGACCUUCCUUUCUUUCUUUGUUGCUUCUAUAAAGGCAAAGUAUCUGAUCAAGGCACUGUCUUUUUCUUGCUGUCUUGAAUUCAAGAAUUACUGCUUUUAUGAUUUCUCUUCAUCUCUGGUCCCCUGGAAAAUGCACUAACAGCUUAGAAACUGCAAAGUGGCAUGCUUUGUGUGAUUUCAGUGCCAUUGUCUUAUGAUGAAGACCAAGCUAACCAACAGUUUCAGUGUUGUAUAUAAAUCUUAAACAUAUACAUAUAUUGGAUAGUAAAAUGCCUCCAGGAAAUGCUCAUUGGGUGGAUCCAUGUUUAGUCAAAAGAACUCCAGGUAAACAUGAACAACUCCCAUUGAUUUCUAACUGUGGCUGUGUGAAUCCAACCAAAAGUGAUUUUUCUCUUUAGUAGAGCUUUGCUUGUGUUUCAUCUUUGCAUGUUUUACUUUCUCCAUCAAGAAAAGUAACCUGCUGGAAAUGCAUGAUUUUUAUUACUAUCCCUUUUUUAAAUCUGUCCCAUACAUUGCUAAUGAUUUAUCAAAACACUUUUCCUAUUGAUUCAUUCAUUCUUAUUAAAUGCAAAUGUUUAUUCUUUUUGUUUAAUCUUUCCAUUGUACAUGGAAUUGUGCAUGAACAUCAAGUGCAUUAGAUGCAUUUUUAUUUUUAUUUUAUUAUACUGUUUGGUUGAUUGUUGUUGUUUUCUGUAUAUAAUUGAAGAUGAAUACAGAAGCAUUAAAUUACAGGUAAAAACAAUGUAAAUGAAAAUUACUCCUAAUGUUCAGUAAACAUUAGCAGAGAAAUACCAAUUGAUGUGAUAUUCAGCAUUAGGCUAAGAAGCGAUAUACAGUAUCUGUCACUCAAACUGUAUAGCUUAGCUAUGUAUGGCUCCAGUGAUUUUAACAUAUAUGUCCAGUUGUGUAAGAAACAUCAUUCUCAUGUACGCUAUAUAAAAUGUACACCUACAUUUGAUGCAAUGGCUACUUUAUAUAUUCAUGAGUCUAAGCCAAAUAUAUCUUGUUGAAUCUAUACCACAUGACAUGUACAUUGCCUUUAUGCAAUUGUGGUGACUGGUAAUAAAUAUUUUCACUUGCUGAUAUUGUUUUCUA